CCUAGGCUCCGCCCACUUCCGGCAGCUUGUUCACUUAAAAAGCCUCUUGUGAGUGGAGAUUCUCGAUCAGUGUGAUUGGUGAGGUUGUGAGGACGACAUGGACACACUUCAGGUGAGCCUGGCAUGUCUGCUGCUGAAGAUGAACUUUCACCCUGUCACUGCCCAUGUGGUGGUGUGGAUCGUGCCAAACUGCCAACUGUGUCCACAAGGUAACUUUGUGAGGCAGAACUGUACGAUCCUUAACAUGAAGUCAAUUGGAACACAGUGUGCUCCAUGUACAAACUGCUCAGCGGCUGAUCAGGAAACUGUGAUCGGGUGUUCGGCGUUCGCUGAUUCUGUGUGUCGAAACAAGAGCGCUGCUGUGGCCACUCCAUCGUGCAGACCUCCUGAACCUGCAGCCUCCACCUUGAACAAGAGGAUCCUCCUUCCUAUCAUAGGUCUCUCUGUGUUAUUGGUUUUGCUGCUCGGAUUGGUUCUGACCCGGCUGUCCUGCCGAUGCAACAAUUACAACAAUAUCAAAGGUAACAAGCCCCUCCCACGACUACCAAGCCCCUCCUGCUACUGCCAAGCCCCUCCCACUACACCAAAGCCCCUCCAACAAUUGACAAGCCCUCCACACUGCUUGACAAGCCACUCCCACUAUCUGACACACCUGUUGUUCCUUCAUAGGUCUGGAUCUGCUGUAACUGAUCAGAUCCAGAAUGAGGGUCUCUAUGGGUCCAGGGUCUCCAGGUGAAAACCAGCACAGAUUCAGUCUACAUGUAGUUAAGUUUUAUUCCAGCUGUGGUCUAGCUUCCAGUCCAGGGUGCACCUAGCCUCUUGCCCAAUGAAAGGAGGAGCAGUUUAGAUGUAGUCCAGCUGUAGUCCAGGAGCAGUUUAGAUGUAGUCCAGCUGUAGUCCAGGAGCAGUUUAGGUGUAGUCCAGGAGCAGUUUAGGUGUAGUCCAGCUGUAGUCCAGGAGCAGUUUAGGUGUAGUCCAGGAGCAGUUUAGGUGCAGUCCAGCUGUAGUCCAGGAGCAGUUUAGGUGUAGUCCAGGAGCAGUUUAGGUGCAGUCCAGCUGUAGUCCAGGAGCAGUUUAGGUGUAGGCCAGAUGUUGUUAAGGUGUAGUCAAGGUAGAGUCCAGGUGUAGUCCAGGUAGAGUCCAGGUGUAGUCAAGGUAGAGUCCAGGUGUAGUCCAGGUAGAGUCCAGGUGUAGUCAAGGUAGAGUCCAGGUGUAGUCCAGGUAGAGUCCAGGUGUAGUCCAGGUGUAGUCCAGGUAGAGUCCAGGUGUAGAUCAGAGUAGUUUAGGUUAAGUUCAGCAUUCACUAUAUUGCCCCCCUUUUUCAUCCAAUCAAAAUGAAGAACAGCCACUCACCUGUGUGUAACAUAACAACAUGUCAUGACAUCACUUCCUGUUGAAUGCCAAGCUGUGUCUGAAACCCCACACAGAGGUACUGCAUACACUAACAGUAUAAACGGCAUGCUAACCUGGCUGUUAGCCGUUAGCAACAUACUCGACUUCCUGUCUGAGCUAUAGAAGACAAGCUAGCUUCGAGCUAACGUGACGUUGCUCAGUAAAUAGAAUUUUACAACAAUAAAACAUCCACGUAGUCAUUUUAAUAUUACAUGGAAACAUAAAACAACAUAUUAUAGUAUUAAUAUUCUGAGAGCCACAAUGCAUUGUGGGAGGGUUUGGUAUGACAGAUGUGCUCCCGUCUCAUACUGAAAAAAAAUCUGGCUAACUAGAAAUCGCACACAGCCCUAACUCUGUGCUUUUGAGGAUCUUUGAUUAUUCAGAUUGUUUCAGAGAUUGAAUAUACAGACAGGAUGUCUCACUCUGCUGGUGAACUCUGGUUCUGCACCAGCAGAGUCUGGCUUCUCCAGGACUGGGUUAUGCGGUCUGGGUCCAGGUGUUGACCCCCGUUCAGUCCCUGAGACCUGUUGGAGACUAAGGUUUACCUGUGGCUUUAUUUUAAGGUGUGAUUUGAAAUGACGCUUUAAAUAUAGAGUGUCCAAAUCUAAGCCAGUUUUAACCACAAGCACGUCAGUGAGCUGUAACCAUGGUAACAUCAGUGAACUGUAGUUGGUGUGUGUUGUUCUGUUAUUGAUGUUUUCUAUACUUUCAAAUAAAAGAAACUGCAUAAAAAAGAAA